AUGGCGACUCAGUCCACCAGUGCUCUUGCACCUCUGUCCAUCUCAGGCGCUGUUAGGCUCGCCGGAGCAAGUCGUGCGCCGCUCCCGGUCCUCGACUUCGACGCCGGCAACUUAUCGAAGUGGAACAUCUUCCUUCAUGCCCUCCUUGGUCGUCACGGACUGCUCCACCAUGUUGAUGGCUCCGUCGCUGCUGCUCCCAACGACCCCGUCUGGGUCCAAGACGAUUGCACCAUCCUCUCCGCCAUGUACGGCUCCAUCAGCUCCGACACCCUCGACAUCAUCCUCACCACUGGCAUGACUGCUCGUGCCCUUUGGGUGGCUACCGAAGACCUCUUCUGCGACAACAAGGAGAGCCACUCCAUUGUUCUCCUUCAAGAAUUCCACGGUCUUCAACAGGGAGACCUCUCCAUCACUGCCUACUGUAAGGAACAGAAGAGACUCGCCAAUACCCUCCGCGAUGCGGGUUCCGCCGUCGAUGACCGCCUCCUCAUCCUCAACAUCUUACGCGAUCUCAACCCGUGGCUGUCUUAG